AUGGCUCAGCAGAUGCUCUACCCUGCUCUGGUCUCCACCAAGUGGCUGGCAGAAUCCAUCCAGGCGGGCAACCUGGGGCCGGACUUGCGGGUGAUUGAUGUGUCAUGGUACUCCCCGGGUACCCGAGAUGCCCGCAAGGAGUACAUGGAGUGCCAUGUGCCUGGCGCCUCCUUCUUUGAUAUUGAGGAGUGCCGGGACAAGGCUUCACCCUACGAGAUAAUGCUGCCCAGUGAGGCGCACUUUGCCAACUAUGUGGGCCAGCUGGGCAUCAGCAACAGCACACAUGUGGUGGUGUAUGAUGUCGACCAGCUGGGCAGCUUAUUUGCACCCAGGGUCUGGUGGAUGUUCCGUGUGUUUGGCCACCACACGGUGUCAGUGCUCAACGGAGGCUUCCAGAACUGGCUGAAGGAAGGCCACCCAGUGACAUCUGAGCCCUCAAACCUGGAGCCAGCCACCUUCAAUGCCACCCUGGACCCUUCCCUGCUCAAGACCUACGAGCAGAUGAUGGAGAAUCUCAAAUCCAAGAGGUUCCAGAUGGUAGAUUCACGGGCCAAGGGGCGCUACCUAGGCUCAGGUCACAUUCCUGGUUGUCUCAACAUGCCGUUUAUGGAAUUCCUUACUGAGGAAGGCUUUGAGAAGAGCCCUGAGGAGAUCCAGGCUAUGUUCAAGGCCAAGAAGGUAGACCUCACUCAGCCCCUCAUCGCUACCUGCCAUAAGGGUGUAACCGCCUGCCACAUUGCCCUGGCUGCCUACCUCUGUGGUAAGGCUGAUGUGGCCAUCUACGAUGGCUCCUGGUCAGAGUGGUUCCGCCGGGCACCCACUGAGACCUGUGUGUCCCUGUGCAGGAGUAAGAAGGACUGA